AUGGAGACAACAAAUACAAUUUUUAGAAAUGACUUUGCCAUUUCUGAAGCACAACCCCACACCCCCUUCUCUCUCAUUCUCACAAACGGCUGGGUGCUUACCCCCAGACACCAUCAGAGGUCGCCUCAGCGGCUCAGUCCACCUCCGUUCACCGCCACCGCACGCUCGCCGCCGUCGCGGCGCCUCUCGCCGGAUCCUCCGAGUGCUCUCGUGUCGCUGCUCUCCUCUGUCUGUGCUCGGCUGCCAGCGUCUCGCCGCGCCUCCGCCGGUGAGUGCUCGAGACCUCAAGCUGUGUUUCCUAGUUCCUGCAGCGUGUCGUCGUCGUCCGCCAUCACUGCACCCAACCCAACGCCUCGUUUGCUCGCGUCGCCUCUGUCCUCCAUCUCUGCUCGCUUCUCGCCGCGCCUCCCUCCGCCAGUGAGUGCUCGAGCUGUGCGUGGUUGUUGCUUCUCGUCGUCCGUGGGUGUUGCUGCCUGCACUGCACUGCUUGUCUGCCUGCACUGCUCGAUGCUGCCGCUGCAACAACAGUCAACUGGAAACAAUCAAAUCAAAUAUACCAUAUCUGGCGCCGGGGUUGUUAGCUGCAUGAGUUGCCAUGGACAUAUUGUCCGACAUGGCCAACACCUCCUCAAGCUUGUUGAAUUGUGUUCCAUCACUUGCACCCUUGAUGCAACUAAAUGCCUCCAUGCACUCUCUAUCACUAUGGGUCCCAUUCCAAACCAAUCCAUCUUCGUCCACAACAAUGUCAUUUCUCAUUACUUAUCCCUUGGUGAGUUUCUUCAUGCACGUCGAGUGUUUGAUAUAUUGCCCCAAAGAACGGUAGUUUCUUACAACAUGCUCAUCCAUGCUUAUAGUCGCCGUGGUGAUGUGAGUGAUGCUUGGAGCCUGCUCUGCCACAUGAGGGGUUCUGACUUUUCUCCAACACAAUAUACUUUGAGUGGGUUACUAUCUUGUGAAUUGUUGAGCAUUUGUCAGGGUAUGCAGUUGCAGGCUUUGAGCAUCAAGAGUGGACUUUUUUAUGCUGAUGCUUUUGUGGGUACUGCUUUGUUGGGUUUGUUUGGGAGGCAUGGAUGUUUGGAUGAAGCUUUUAUUGCAUUUGAAGAUAUGGUCCAUAAGAGCCUGGUGACUUGGAAUAUAAUGCUAUUGAUUCUGGCACGUAAUGGAUUUGUGGGAGACUGCCAGAAUUUGUUUCGUGAUCUUGUGAGGACAGGGGUUGCUUUGUCAGAAGGUUCCUUUGUGGCUGUUUUGUCUGGACUUGUUGAUCCUGAGCAGGAUUUGGAAUAUAGUGCAAUGAUUCAUGGUUUGAUGACGAAAUGUGGGUUUGAUGGUGACAUUGCUUUGGUUAAUUGUCUGAUUAACGUGUAUGUGAAAUGCAAAGCCAUGUUCUCGGCACAAAGAUUGUUUCAAGAAGUUCCGGCUGAAAAUGUUGUGUCUUGGAAUACGAUUAUUGACGCAUUGGUGAAAAGUGGGAGACCUCAAGUGGCAUUGGAGAUGUUUGUGAAUAUGUCUAGAAGGGGAUUGGUGCCUAGUCAGGCCACAUUUGUAGCUGUUAUAGACUCGUGUGCUAGUUUGAAGAACUUUGUUUGUGGAGAAUCUAUCCAUGCUAAGGUAAUCAGGAAUGGUUUCGAAUCUGAUGUUGUUGUAGGUACUGCAUUGGUAGACUUUUAUGCUAAAUCUGAUAACAUGAUGUGUUCCCAUAAAUGUUUUAAUCAAAUAGAAGAGAAGAAUAUUGUGUCUUGGAAUGCUUUGAUGGUGGGUUACUCGAAUGAAUGCUCUUCCAUGCCGAUUAUGUUACUACGACAAAUGCUACAAUUAGGUCACUUAGUUAAUGAGUUUUCCUUUUCUGCUUCUCUUAAGUCAUCAUCAGUAUUGAACACGCGUCAGCUCCAUGGUUUGCUUAUAAAAAUGGGGUAUGAAAGUCAUGAAUAUGUAUUAAGCUCCCUUGUUAUGGCUUACAGUAGAAACGGUCUCAUAAUUGAAGCACUUUCUUUUGUCAAGGAAGUCAGUAAUUCACUUCCUCUAGUCCCCUCAAACAUCAUUGCCGGAAUCUAUAACAGGACUUGCCAAUACUAUGAAACGGUAAAGUUCCUUUCUUUGCUCGAAAGCCCUGAUACUGUAUCCUGGAACCUUGUCAUUUCAGCUUGUGCUCGGAGCAAUAAUUAUAAUGAGGUUUUGGAACUUUUCAACCAUAUGCAUGUUGCACACAUACAACCGGAUAAUUACACAUUUAUGAGUAUAUUAUGCGUGUGCACCAAGCUUUGUCAUCUUGAUCUGGGAAGUUCUCUUCAUGGACUUAUUAUGAAGACUAACCUUUAUAACUGGGACACUUAUAUCUGCAAUGCACUAAUUGACAUGUAUGGAAAGUGUGGAAACAUUGAUAGUUCGGUAAAAGUUUUUGAAGAAAUGACUGACAAAAAUAUUAUUACAUGGACAGCUUUAAUUACUGCCCUCGGGCUGAAUGGUUAUCCACAUGAAGCGCUAAAGAGAUUCAAAAAUAUGGAAUCAUUCAGGUUGAAGCCGGAUGCAUUAGCUCUGAGAGCAGUGCUCUCUGCUUGCAGAUAUGGUGGAUUGGUAAGCGAGGCGAUGGAAAUUUUCAAACAGAUGGGAACUGCUUAUGGGAUUCAGCCAGAACUAGAUCAUUACCAUUGUAUAGUAGACCUCCUGGCUAAACGUGGAGAAAUUGAAGAAGCUGAGAAAAUCAUCACUAGCAUGCCUUUUCCACCAAAUGCGAAUAUUUGGCGUAGCUUCCUUGAAGGCUCCAAGAGGCAAACAGAAAAAUCUAAUUGUAUUUUGGAAGCAAUGCACUGAAGAUGUUCCACAAUGUGGUUUUCCAAGCACUGGUAUAUUUCCUGAUAGACCAAUUAUUAACGAAUUUCCAUGAGAUUUUAUCCAAAUGCAAGGUAGGGACUUCUUUCAUGGGACAAUUGAAAUGUCCUUGUGUCUGAAAUUUCCAUCAUAGCUAGGUAAAACCUUCUAAUUCAACCAAUUUUCAUGCAUAGAAGUAUUCCUCAUAUCUGACUUUAUAUUGCAGCUUGCAAUACCAGGAUAUUAAUUAAUGAGAUCCUUAAGAACCUUUGUUUCAAUGUGAAAUCAACUCAACCCUCAGAUUAUAAGGGGAAAAAAGUGCUUGUGUUGUUAUAUGUAAAAUUUGAAUACUCCAUAUCUCUUAUGUUAAUGUGCAUUGAGAGAAUCAAGAAAUACACUCAACCAGAACAUCAUACUCACUCUUUGUUUCUUGUAUUAUGCAAUCAUCUAGUUUAUGGGGAAGCAGAAUUUUUUGGUAUUGUUACUACUAGUAAAUACAGGUGAUAACUGUAUUAUAUACUCAGAAUUUGAUCAAAUGUUCAUUAUGGCACUCAUCAGCUAAACAUAUUUCUUACUUACAUCAGCAUUUUUAAUUUGUUCCAGGUAAAAUAAUGGUCUGAGAUUAAUCUGGUGCUGCAUUCAUCAAUGAUCUCCACAUAAUCUUGUGCCUACACUCUAUUAAUCUCACUCUUAAUAUUUAAGUUAGAUAUAUACAUUUUUUUUGUAUACAUAGUGCAAAAUAACUUUAUACUAUUCUAUUUGUAUGAAUUUUAGAGUAGUUGAUGAUGUGAAUGAAAUAUGCUGAUAUAACAAUACAA